UGGUUUAUUUCGAGACACGCUGCAUAUUUUGCUGUGGAAAGUAUCACCACCAACAGCAGUCUCCGAUAAGUACUAUUAUGCGAUAGCUGAAGCGAUAGUAGUAGCCUACUGGUAGUAGUUAUGGAAGUAUAAUGCUACUAUGAUAUAAAAAUCUGUUUUCGUGUUAUGCGCGUACCUGGAUAAAGGUCUCAUUUAAAGCUACAGCGUAUCAUUUGCGAAAUGGUGAGAUAAAAAAACCUUUAACGUACAGUCUACAAUGCGAGCGGAUGCGUAAUCAAUUAAUCUUAACUAAUAUAAAUGGGGAAACAUCUGGCAACAUUCUAUUUGCGAAAAGAAAUAAACAUCGUAUUGGUGGAUGAGCUCGAGGUACAACCUAACUUCCAUUCGGAGUGAGGGGGUGGAGAGGGCUGCUAUUGAAGUACUGAUUGGUGUUCAAUGUUGAGCCGCCUUGCUACUUCGAACGCGACUGUUCUUUGCCAUACUACUCCAAGGAAAUAUAAAAAAGAGAAAGAAAAAGCAAGUUUGUGUGCGAGAACGCUGUCUCAAGUGGUGGAGAGAGGGGGGAAAUUGGGUGGACUCUGGUAAACGGAGGGGGGCUAUUGGGUGAGAAGAGAGAGAGAGCGAGGGAGUGGGCGAACAAGGGGGAGCGAACCUGGCCCUUUAAAUUGCACAUCUUUUCGGAGAGGGGAAAACAGUGGGUGAGCAAUCGGAGCAGACUCCACGGCCAUCUGUCGUCUCCCAGGAGCUGAUUUCGAAAGAGAAAUAGAAAAAGUGUUUUCUCAUUGGCCCGGUCUGUGAACCAAUGGCAGAGAAUGUCGACGACUAAUAACAUAGCACAGGCCCGGAAACUGGUGGAGCAGCUGCGGAUCGAGGCUGGGAUCGAGCGCAUCAAGGUGUCGAAGGCCGCGGCAGACCUAAUGAACUACUGUGAGCAGCAUGCCCGCAACGAUCCUCUGCUGGUGGGAGUCCCGGCCAGUGAGAAUCCUUUUAAAGACAAAAAGCCUUGCAUCAUCCUAUAGCUUUGCCCGAAAGGCCCUGCUGCCCCGCCCACCCCUCCCUCAGAUACCGCCCAGCAACAGGCUCUGGGCGUGACUAGUCAAACACUACUUUUGACCUGAAAUGUACCACGCUCAAUGCUCUGGACAACUCAACAAUUUAACUGUGAAGGAAAUAGAGCUGAUAUCAACAUUUGUCCUCUAUAUGACCCAGAGGUGUAUGUGUGUACAUGUGUAUGAAAAUAUGCAUACAUAUUAUGUAUGUAUGCGUAUAUCCAUAUAUAUAUACACAUUAUAUGGGGGAAGGACAAAAUAAACUAGACUUAUUGGUUUUCAUUCAUGAUGAUGGCACAUUAAAAAGAGAUGUAGAGAUUUGUAAUGUACUGAGAAAUCCAGACACAGUGAGCAUAAAAAUUAAAGGGGAGCCAAAGCCAAUGGUGAAUGGGGUGGUAUGGUAUAGACAUUUAGAUUAGGUUAUUUUAGACUGGCUGGCUAGCAGUCAGUUUGUGGGAUUGGUUGCUCUUUAUUUGUUCAUUUCUCUUUCUCUCUGUCUCUCUCUCUCUCUCUCUCUCUCUCUCGAAAGUGGCUUUAUUAUUUGUGGAAGUGUAUUGCCAAAAUUGACAGACAUAUCCUGCUAUUACUUUUUUCUUUCUCGUCAAAAUAUAGAAAUGAAAUUUGUGUAUAAUGCGAGAGCAUAAAUAUUUUUAGGUCCACUAAAGGGCAGUUCUCACAAGUAUUCUUUUUAUCGGUGGAUUUGGAUCUUAUACAAACAAUCCAUAUUUUUUGCGGUGUUGCGUGUGAUUAUUAACACUACUAUUCAUAGAAGUUUAUAUAUAGUUGAGAUGUAUUCGUAAUGCACUCCCUCGUCCUCCUACUGAAGUGGUCCUUUGAUCUGCAGAGGGAGCAGAUAUACUUCCUGUGCCAAAGCUAGAGAAUUACACACGUAUUGUAUGAAGAAGGGGGUGGAUCCUUCAAAUCUCCCAAAUCUUUGGGCAGAAAAAUUCAAAUGUUCACCUACGUAUGCCGUAAUAUGGAUUGUAGAUGGAGCCUGUCCAUAUUGCUGCAUCACUCCUCCCUAGUUUUCCUCUCCCCCAGUUGGGUGCUUUUAUCCUGUUAAAAUAUCAGAGCGUUUCAUACAGCGUGUGGUCAGUGGCCAUUUGAGUUAAGAAAGGUGAAGUUACCCACCUCAGCGGCCAUUUUCCAUACUCUUCUUACACACAGUCAGUGUAGGCCUUCCUAUGUACAGCAACGGCUGUGUGUGGAAAUUGCCCUUUUUUGCAGAUACCUCAUCCUGCAUCGGGAAAGAACCGUUUUCACUGCCUGCGUGAACCCUUGACAAGCCGCGUUUGCCGAGAGACUCAAAUGACUAGCCUAAUUCUUUAUGUGCGAUCAUGACACCGCAAUGCUCGCUUACCCGUGUACAACUUUGUCUGGCUUUCCACUGUGAUAUUUGUCUCGCAGAAUGGCAGCCAUUCAUAACAGUAUUGAUGCUGCAGCUUGUGGUGCUAGCCUUGAUUGAAGCAGGCCAAGGAAGGCCCACAGUAAUGGGAAAGACCUUGUUCAUGGUGAAGGAUUGCAUAUCCAAAUCACUCUGACAUUUGUGAUUUAUCAAAAUCUUGUUCCCCUCUCGCAGUGUAGGCGUGUUUCAGCAGUAGUUGUUGACGCCGGUGCCUGUUUUAAAUUAGGCACAGAAUUUGUAGAUAGUGGAAUGCUUAAAAUUUUAACCAUUAACAAGGACUAAUGCUAAAUGUUGGAACUGUGCCCCCCUUUGACUGUGUUAGCUAGUCAUUAGUCCGUAACAGUCGCAACCUUUACUCUGCGUAGGACAGCGCACGUGUCUCCGUAUAUUUGAGUUCAUGUGAUGUCAUGCGUUGCAGUCAGUGAGAGUCCGGACAGCCAGACCUGGCAGGGUUUCAGCAAGCCUCAGCUCAGUGGAGUUCCACCCGAGAAAAGGGAUGUAAAAGGCAAGGGGGCUUGCACCCAGAUGGAGGGAUCAGUAGCCAUUAAACGGCCUGUGGAUCUUACGUGAAUUUGACCACGCAGCCUCAGUUUUAACAUUCUGCUUUUUUCAUGCAUAUAAACCCAUUUAUUUCUCUGUGUUCUUGGCCAGUAAAAGGUAAUAGCAGGAUUGUUCAUCUUAAAGAAAAAUGCCAAAAACUGAAUUAGUCUUUUAAACAAUGGAUAAAAAACGAAUGAAAAUAUUACACGAAAGAACAAAAAAAAAAAUCUUUGUCGAGACGAGUAUCAGUGACUGUAAUGUCUUGUAUAUAUUAUCAGAAAUAAUAACAAGAGGUGCCCCCUGACACACAAAUUAUGCACCAGUGCCAAAUCCAGCUCAGAUCCACUACCUUCAGCAAUGACCUAAUGAACAUGUGGAUUCAUGGGCUGGGUGGAAGAGGGUAGAGUAUUCUGCCACUGAUAGUAAAACCAGGAGAAUGUUUGGGAGGUAAUGCUGUUCCGACAUAAUGUUGCACAUAUUUAGGUUACUGUAGCAAUUAUACUGUAGCAACUGAGGACCAGAUACUCAGUUUUCACUUCCGCAAAGGAAAUUGAUGGUUAUAAACUGUCCAUCACUAUUUUGGUUGCAGGAGGAGGGUCAACAGUCUUAUACGACGCACCAGACUGCAGUCUGUGCUCAUCCUUAUUUUGGCCUACCAUUUCCCUCUAAAAUAAGGUUUGAUUGUAAAAUAAAUACGGAACAGCAUGUACAUUAUUUUAACAUGCCAUAAAAAAUGAAAAUAACUUAACCAGCCAUUUUAUUUUGUCUGUUAUUUACGUUGGCUCUCGGAUAUCUGGUUGUUAACUGUACAGUAUUUGUCAAAUAUUUAGAAGAAACCACAUUCUUAUGGCUCUACAGAAAAGUGCUUCACCGCUUUGCUUCACUUGUGAAUGGCUUUUUAUAUACAAAAUCAGAACUUAAAAAGGUUUUAAAAAAAGAUCUGGAUUCCAUUAAAUGAGAUGGUUUGCUUUUUAAUUGUUGUGGCGGUUAAUGGUAUAUAAAUGUCUUUUCAGUUCUUUAAAAUCCACAUUUCGUUUGCUUCAUUCAGUAGAGGGUUGGAAUAUUGUGAAGUGAAUUGUUGGUGUUAUUCCAAAACCGUUGGCAUGCUCGAACGCAGUAUGUUCAGUGCAGUAGCACAGUCUCAGACUGUGUCUCAGAUAGUCUGUGGUUGAGUGGCGCAGGCAGGGUCCUGGGUGCUCUGCCCUUAGUAAUUACCUGCAGGAAAACGCUUGGGUGCUGCCGUCGCGCGGCUGUCCUAACGGAGCCGUUAUAUUUCUCACUGUACGUGGGUGUUAAGGUUCACGGUGUUCAGUGGUAGCGUUCUCGAGUGCCAAGUUGGGUCGUAUUCAGUAUCGCAGUGUUUGGUUGCAGUAUGUUCAGCACGUCAGUAUUCAGUGGGUGCAUGGCUCUGAUUUUGGAUGGGAUGGAUAGCUCAAUGUUCAGUUGUUCAGUCUUAACGAUACCCUGCUAAGCUGAAAAUAGCCCUGUUCACGCCGAUAUCCCGACACAAAGAUUAGAAGCUAUUUCUGGGACUUUACAGGCAGUUACAUUGGUUAAAGGAAUCUGCAUCAACUGAAAUAAAAAAACCUUACGAUUACAGUAGAAGGGCCGGAUGUUCAGCAUUAUGCAACAGGCAUGUGAUUGGUUUAGUCAUUUGAGUGUCACAUGGUGGGAGCUGCUGGGUGCAGGCCCACACAGAGCAGUACUGUGGAGCAGAAGUUAAGAAUGUGUGCGUGUGUGUUUGUCUGUGUGCACUGUGCAGGGUUUGGGGUGCAGAGGGAGAUAAAGAGCGGGCAGUGACAAGUGGUGUUGUGGCAAUUUACUGUGUGCCAUAAUCAUAAUCCAUCAGCAAAACACCACAGAGCAGCUUCAGGCACCAGCGCCCAAAAUAAGACCUCUAUCAAGUUCCUUCUCUGUGUGUUAGAAAUAGAAAACCGGCUAACAGAGAAUUGAGAGGCAGCAUUAUUAACAGAGGAACAAAAAGCCCGUUUGAUUAGGUGCCCUAGUACCGCCCUCCCCUUCACAGGAAGUUGGGGUAAGUGGCGACCGGGCCCCGCCUCCACUGAUGAUUCAGAGGAGUGAGAAGUCACACGGUGCUCAGUCGGACUAGGGGCAUGAAGGGCACUCUGCACACCUCUUCGCAUCUGAAGGGAGGUUCGGGGCGUUGGGCGGGAAGUGUUAAAAGAGUGGAAUGGGCUCUUCGCGAUUGCCAUUACGAGCUGAGCGUCCCCUGACUUCUGUAGCCAGCUCAAUGCCGAAUGCUUAGGUUGUGGCUCCGCGACCCGGUUUCCAGACGGUGUCAUGGUGACCUAACACGUAGGCCUUAGAGCGCCCACUGGACUGGAGGCUGUUGAGGUGUUUGUCGGGCAGCCCUCGCUGAUCGCUGAGAGCGGACCCGCUGUUCCUCCUCUGACCAAAGCGACAGACAAGUGUGUGUGCGCCGCAUUCUGAUGAACUGCAUCCUGUAUGUGAGGGUUGGGCGUCCUUCCUCAAUGUACGAGGAGGACCGGAGAGAUCUAGCUUGGGCACUCUGUUUGAGAUGCCAGCAGGUACACCAACGCGACGGGAAGCCUCCUGGUUAACAGUGAGAGUAACACUCUGGGGUCCAUUAACGUUUGUCCACAUUUUAAUCUAAUUGGAAGAGAUGGAGAAAUAGUUCAGAUUCUUUUUCUCCAUGGUCAGAAUUUUUAUCACUGAUGUUCUUGCAGCUGAAUUUUUGAAGAUGCAAUAGUCAAAGACACUUUGAUCGGGCAGAAAUGAAGUCCUGCCAAUGCAUCUUAAAAUCCUAUUUCCAGCCUCGGUUGUUGGAUUAGACUCUGACUCAGCAUAAGAUCUCUGCUCUCAGAAGGGUGUGAGAUGAGAGAGAUCUGUGGGAACAUGAUUUAAAUCCCUUAUUCCAAUGAUGCUUCACAUCGCAAUUAUUGCUUAUGGAAUUCAUUACAAAACCUUGACUUGUUGUGCAUGUGCCUGCAUUUGUUACUAUAGUCUGUGAAGCAUAGAUUCACCUCCCAGUGAUUCUGAUAAGGGAAUUGUCCUCUUUCACACACCCCAUACAGAUGAGGAGUUUAGAACUUGCCUUCUGUUUUUUUUUCGUUUCGCUCUCUUUAAAAAUUAGCCAAACAUUAUAAAGGUAUUUCUUUUUUUUGUCUUCUUUUUUUGUUAAUCCCAUAGGAUUAUGGCAUCAGAAUCUUAUGCAUUGCUUGAUUUAUUAUGCAGUUUCUCAUGUUGAUAUUUCCCAUGGGGUUUGGGACAAGGGAUCAGGUUACUAAAUGAGAGAUCAGGGGAAAGGAUGGUGCUGCAAAUCUGCACCGUGCUGGGAGAUGCUCUGUCCUAUGGCCGUUUAACUUCAACCAGUCAGGAACAGGCUGAUAUUUUUUGCGAACCUAUUUAUAUUCCAGGGGGAGUGAAAGAAGGGUACUAUGGUAACAGAGGGCGUCGCUUUGGAAAGUCCAACCCUGACCUGAAUCAUAGAUUUUCUCUUGAAUAAAAAUGUUUUUUUGUUGUUGUUGUUGUUAUUGUUGUUGUUGUUUUCUUUACAUUUGUUCAUAAUUUCCAUUGUAUGUAUAUGUAUUUAAUCUUUUUGCCUUGAAUGAUAAUUACAAAAAAAAUGAAGAAAUAAUGAGUAUAUAUAUAUAUUUUUUGUAAUGGUUCUUCUCUGAUGUGCCAUAGCCCAUGUUUUCUUGCACACUGUUUUAAUAUUUUGUGGAUAUUGCUGUUAAAAAUAAAAACAAUGAUAACAAAACAUAGAUAUGAUUAAUAAAAAUGAGAACAACCUGA